AUGUCUGUGUCAGGGCGGCCAGCCCUGUCCACGCUGCUGCUGGCCGUGGCCAUGUCUUCUUUCCGCUCGGCCACAUCCGGAGACGAAGCACGAAACCGGCUGUUGAUGAGAGAGAAGAUGAUGCGUAUCGGGGGGCCGCUGGUGCUGAAGCAGGAGGAGGAGCUGGCCAACCAGAGGCUCGGGGCCCUCAAGGAGGCUGAGAUGCAGGAGGCCCUGUGGGCGGGGAGCAUCCCACCCAGCAUGCACUUCUUCCAAGCCAAGAGCCUCAUUGAGAAAAGUGCAGUGUUCAACAUCCUGAAAAAGAUGCCAAAAGGGGCUGCUUUACAUGUCCACGACUUCAGCGUAGUCAGCGUGGACUGGCUGGUGAGAAACGCCACCUACAGGCCCCACUGCUAUUUCUGCCUCACCCCGAGGGGGACCCCGCAGUUCAGAUUUGCUCGCUCGACUCCCCCCACCCUGAACACAACAGAAUGUCCCGAGUGGGUUUUGCUGGAGAAGUUUCGAAAGGGGCUGCCGAACAUCACCGAGUUUGACCACAGCCUGCUGAGGAAUUUCACUCUGAUGACCGAGAACCCCCAGGCGACUUAUGCAAACCAAGACGUGGUCUGGGCCAAGUUCGAGACCAUCUUCUUAGCGAUCGCGGGCCUCGUGAGCUACGCCCCGGUAUUCAGAGACUACAUCUCCCAGGGCCUGGAGGAGUUCUACCAGGACAAUGUGCUGUACCUGGAGCUCAGAGCCAUGCUGUACCCGGUGUAUGAACUGAACGGGACGGUCUACAGCCCAGAGUGAUCGGUGAGGUUGUACGAAGAGGUGGCUCGUAAUUUUGCAAAAGAGCAUCCUGGGUUUAUUGGAAUCAAACUCAUUUAUUAGGAUCACAGGUCCAAAGAUGCGUCCACCAUCACGAAAUCCAUCCAGACAGCCAUGGAACUUCGAGCCAAGUUCCCCGGGAUGGUGGCGGGGUUUGACCUGGUGGGGCGAGAGGACACGGGCCACUCCCUAGACUACAAGGAGGUUUUGAUGAUUCCAGCCUCGCGGGGCAUUAAGCUGCCUUACCUCUUCCACGCCGGAGAGACAGACUGGCGGGGCACCUCUGCGGACAGAAACGUUCUGGAUGCCCUGUUACUGAACUCGACCAGGAUUGGCCAUGGGUUUGCUUUGAGCAAACGCCCGGCCGUCUGGGCUGAGGCUCGGAAGGACAUCCCCGUCGAGGUCUGUCCCAUCUCCAACCAGGUUCUGAAGCUGGUGUCUGACCUAAGAAACCACUCUGCAGCUGUGCUGAUGGCCACCGGGUACCCCAUGGUCAUCAGCUCUGAUGACCCCGCUACUUUUGGAGCCAAAGGCUUGUCCUAUGAUUUCUAGGAGGCCUUCAUGGGCAUCGGGGGGAUGACAGCCGACCUGAGGACACUCAGACAGCUGGCCAUGAACUCCAUCAGGUACAGCGCCCUGUCGGAGCCGGAGAAACUGUUUGCCAUGGCAACCUGGGAGGAGAGGUGGCAGGAGUUUGUGGCCCAGCUGGCAAGGGGCCCCUAG